UGAAGUAGCGGGGGCCUGAGCUGUUUAGGGCUUUAUAGGUUAGAACCCGCACUUUGUAUUUUGCCCGGGAAACUUAUGGGCAGCCCAUGCAACUCCCUGACACACAGGAGUAACAGGGUCUCUCCCAGACCAUCGGAUAGGCGGCUUCCUCCUUUUUAAUUGAACGAGGAGGACACGGACUAGGAGGCGAGGGGACAGACCUGCCGCCCCGCAGCAGAAGAGAGGCCAUUUCUCAGCCUGCCGCCGCCGCCUCCUCCCUCCGCAGACAGGGCGAGCGAGGAGCCAGAGAGCCCCGCUUCUCGGUGCAGCAGCCGCCCCUCCAGGAGGGGGAGCGGGAAGGAAGGAAGGAAGGAAGGAUCAGGGCGGGCUCCUCAACCGGCGGGAUAUCGGAAGAAAAGGCAGAUGCCAUAUUACAGAUGGCCAGGAGAAAGUUAAUGAAGCGAGCUGCUGCUGGGAAGGAGGGUGUCCUCCAAUUAAGAUAAUGGUGUCUUGACUGAUACUCGUGCCUGUGUCCUUUUCGCUUACUCUGCGCUUUCCGGUAGUUUCUGAAAUAUUUCAUGGCCUGUUGAGAAAAUGAGAUUCAGCCAAAAUUUGCGUAAAUGAGAAUGGGCCCAGAUGUGCCUCUGCUGAAUGACCACAAACAAGAAUUCCUCUUGAAGCGACUUCCACAGACGGUUCUGGGUGGCCCUCGAUUUAAAUUUGGACAUUGUGCACCUCCUUACAUCUAUGUGAACCAAAUUGUUCUCUUCCUGCUACCAUGGGUCCUAGGAGGAGUGGGGACACUUCUGUAUCAGUUAAGCGUUUUGCAAGACUAUUGCACAGCGGCGCUUUCUGGAGGACUGAUGCUAGCUGCCGCCAUGAUUAUCCAGGCAGCAAACUUGUGUGUAAGAAAGAAAACGUCCUUGGUGGAAAAAGUGCAAAUCCACAGUAUCCUAACGGAUGAAGAUGAGUGGGAGUUUUCUAGCUGUGUGGGUUUGGAGACAGUCAGAUUUAUUAUCCCAGGCAAGAAAUACAUCAUCAACAUUAUCUUUCACUCGGUUUUUGCUGGGCUGCUGUGUGGCUUCGGAAUGUGGUACCUGCUGCCAAACAGAAUCGCCUCGUUGUAUGGAGGUAACAUUGGCGGAACUGUUAUGAUCUUUGUCUUUGGGUGGGUGACCAUCUGCAUAGCAGAGUACUCACUAAUCGUCAACACAGCUUCGGAGACAGCUACAUACCAAGCACUGGACACAUAUGAAACGGUCCCUUUGAUGAGACCUUUCUAUGUUUUUGUCUUCAUUGCAGUGGACCUUGCUCACAGGUUUGUUGCUGACAUACCAGCGUUGAAGCUGGCAAAUCAGGUUUUGCACAUUGUAUUCUUGUGUUUGCCCCUUCUGUGGACCCUGGGGAUUCUGCCCCCUCUGGAUGCACUCUUUCUCUGGGGUAUGGAGCAAGUGUUGGAGCUCGGUCUGGGAGGUUCACCCAUGUCAAGUAACUUAAGGCUGCUGGCCAUGUUUCUCGUUUCUGCGGGAACAGCUGUUGCAACCUACUUCAUCCCCAGCACUGUCGGCAGAGUCCUCUUCAUGACUGGGUUUGGAUUCACACUGAGUCUUAACCUGGCUGAGAUCGGGUUUGCCUUCAAGUAUGCCGUGAUCAGUCGUCUAGCUUCUGGCCAAUUGAAGAACACAGCUGCAUGUUGCAGAACGCUGCUUGGAUGGAGGGAAUUGAUUUUCUAUUUGAUUGUAUUGACUUUUGCUCUCCUGGAAGCAAGCCUGUUGCACUACCUCCUCGGUCCUCAGGCAUUCUCUGAAACCAGUCUCCAGGCUAUCAUGAGCUACGUGCUGAUGACACUGCUCCUUCUUACAUGGGUCCUCCGAGAGAUUCAGACUGUCUACUUGUUCGGAAUCUUCCGAAACCCAUUUUACCCAAAGGAUGCCAUGACUGUGAAUGUGUUUGUGGAGAAGCAAAAAGGUCUUCUAAAAAUUGGGGCUUUCAGAAAGAUUUUGCUGACCCUAGUGUCUCCAUUUGCUAUGAUAGCAUUCCUUUCCCUAGACAGUUCGCUGCAUCAUCUGCCAUCUGCAUACAUUUCCACUGGAUUCUCAAGGAGCUUUAGAAUGGUGUGGCAAGAUACGGAAUGUGCUCUGCUGGAUAUGGUGAUAGUGUCUGCCGUGCAGUUGCUUGUGUUUAAUACUGACCUGUGGUGGAAUAGAAGCAUUGAUACAGGCAUCAGACUCUUACUGGUUGGUAUCAUCCGGAAUCGACUGUUUCAGCUUGUUUCGAAACUCCAGUUUGCACUAACGGUUCUCUUGACAUCGUGGACGGAGAAAAAGCAGCGCCGGAAAUCCACCCCUACUCUGAUUACGCUCAACGUUGUCUUCUUCCCAGUUGUACUGGCCCUCAUAGCACUCUCUGCACUGCUGUCUUCCCCUUUGCUGCCUCUUUUCAGUCUCCCGAUAUUUCUGAUUGGCUUUCCAAGACCGAUCCGAAGUUGGCCAGGACCUGUGGGUACGACGGCCUGUGUGUGUCCAGACACCAUAUUCUACCAACAAAUGGCUCCAAGUUUGACCACUGCACUGCAGUCUGCAUUGUCCAUUGGUAGCCUGGGUCUCUGUUCACCUGGAUCUCACUACUUGUGCCGAUUUCAAGACAGACUGGUGUGGAUACUUGUGCUGGAAAGAGGUUUCACCUACUGCUGUAUUAAUAUCAAGGGGUUAGAAUUACAGGAAACUUCCUGUCACACGGUUGAAGCUCACAGGGUUGAUGAAGUUUUUGAACUGGCCUUUGAACACGAGGAACGCAUUCAGACCUUCUCCCUCAACCAUCACUUUGGAAAUAUUUUAACACCUUGUACUGUUCUUCCUGUGAAACUCUAUUCAGAUGCCAGAAAUGUCUUGUCCGGAAUAAUCGACUCACCUGAGAACCGGAAGCAGUUGAAAGAUGAUUUCAUAAAAGUCCUCCUAUGGAUGCUAGUCCAGCACUGCUGUAAUUCAUCAAAAACUCACCGGACGUGUGGCCGGACACCCCAGCCCAAACAAGAGUCGCCUCCAGUAAAGCCAACUGAAGUUUCCAGCAAAGCCAUAGAAAGACCAGCAAGCUCCUGGAAAGACGAUGACCUCAGUGUGGAAUCGAUAGAGGACUGGACAGAUGACAGCAACCUUUUUGAUACUGAACCCAGCAAAAUAACACCUAAAGCAAAAGGAAUGCCAUCACGAGGUGGGACACCAAGACCCUUCUUUUCUCUUCCGGGCUCAGUAGAAAUACACACUACCGCAGAUGAACUACCCGAGGCAACCAGUAUGAAUAAAUUAUAUAAAGCUGUUGUUCUUGGACUCCCUGCUCUAGACACUGGAAAGCAGUGGAGAAUGAUGGACUUCUCCCCUCUCAAAUUUAGUAGCCCCUAUUCUGAGAUGUUAAAUCUCCCUGAAGAAUGGAGAACUCCUCCCUUACCUAUUGCCAAACUCCAUGAGAUGAAGCAGAAGUUUCCAGAUGACUGGUUCCAUUUUGUUCUUCGCCAGCUAGAAUACUUUCACUUGCAAGAUAAUCCUUUAAGUCUGCUUGAAGGCCUUAUUAAAGAUACUGCUCUGAAAGACUUAUAUGCCCAGAGUGUUUUGACAUGUUACAUUGGGAUGUUUGGAAUAGAUGAUACAGUUCCAUCUCCUGGUCACAUUUUCCGAGCAUACAAUGGAGGCCUCCCAUGGUCGAUCUGUCUUGACUGGCUAAUGGAAAAACAAGAACUAUUCCAGCUAGCACUGAAAGUGUUCAGAUACACCGUUAAGCUUAUGGUUGAUAAAGCAAGCCUGGGUCCAGUCGAAAACUUCAAAGAGCUGCUGAACUAUCUUGAAGAAUAUGACAAUGACUGGUGCAUUGGGCUGGUGACUGAAAAGGAGUGGCAGGAAGCAGUUCUCCAAGAAAAGCCAUAUCUGUUUUCCUUGGGGCACGACCCUAAUAUGGGAGUUUACACUAGCAGAGUGCUGACCCUUCAGGAAUUCCUCGUCCAAGCGGGAAAACUGGACAGCGAAGCCGUCCGAGGACAGUGGGCAAAUCUGGCGUGGGAGCUGCUCUAUGCCACGAACGACGAUGAGGAGCGCUACAGCAUCCAAGCACAUCCCGUCCUCCUGAGGAACCUGACCAUUCAGGCAGCUGACCCGCCCCUUGGUUACCCUGUUUAUUCUUCUGGACCUCUCCAUGUGCCUCUGCUCUAGGACUUCAUUUUGUUUUUGCAGCAUCGGAUGCAAAAACCCUCUUCCCAACACCUUCCCCACCACCACACUUUUCUAUACUAAGCUGACAGAUCUCACAGCAAAGAAAAUGCAGUUGCCAGAGACCAGAGGGAGGCAAUAUUUUUUCAGCAGGGCUCUGAAAGUGACUUUCUCCACAAGUGUUUGAACUUCUCAUCCUGGGAGUAGCUGCAGAUCCUACUGGCAAUAAGCUCUCUAAUUAUUCUGUGGUUGGGUCUGGGGUGGGUUUUUUUUUUUAAGUGUUUGAGAUCAAUAUCUUGACAGGUGACUUGCACCGGAAGGCAGGGUCACAGCUCUAUUGUGUGCUUAAACCACAGAAUCUGUACCAAGAUGUACAUGUGAUUAAGAUUCCUUCCCCGAUUUGAUAUAACAGACUUGAUCAUCAUUUGUUAUAUUGUAUACUUUAUUUGCAUUGUCAUAAAGGAAUACUUGAACAUUU